UUUUGGGCUGGGUGAUCUGUUCUCUUGCAGGCCAAUUCAGACAAUUAAGCCCAUCUCGUAUAGAAUGAGAAAGUAAUAAAAAAAAUAGAAAAAUAAAUGCUCUCGUCGACCUUCAAUCGACCAGACCAAGAAGAACACGACGUGAUCGGUAGACAGGGAGAGAAAGAAUUAGGGCAGAAAUUAUAUAUAAAAAAAAAAUUAAAAAUAAAGAAGAAGUUGACGAUUGCCCCUCUCCGUCUCCGAUCCCAACAAUAAUUUCAAAAAGUAUCGAAGCUUAUCAUAUACACUAUACACACGUAGUUAUUAAUUUCUGUUGUCGCGUUUUUCAGAAAUAAUUUUCAUGAGUUUCGUCUUCAUCUUCCUCUUCCACUACCUUCUUAGAUUUUUGAAUGCGACGGUCGAAUGCCCGAAAACCAGUUGAUUCAGGGGCUUCCAACGAUAUGGAUCCGAUAAAGCUACCGAUGCGUCCCGCUGCCCGAUCCAAUCUCUUUGCUCGCGGACCCAAGCAUGGAACCAGAUCCAAUUUCCUAAUUCUCGCUUCCAUUGCCGUUACUUUCGUUUUUUUAUUGUUGUGCUAUUUUUUUGUUCACGCCCGAAGUUCAAGAGGUUUUGGGAAUAAAAGGUAUGGGAUUAUCAUCGAUGGAGGUAGCACGGGGACCCGAAUCCACGUGUUCGGGUUCGAGUUGGAGGGUCAGAAUGCCGUGUUUGAUUUCGGGAACAGUGGGUCGGUGUCGAUGAGAGUUAAUCCAGGGCUUUCCGCUUAUUCGGAUGAUCCGGAAGCGGCUGGCGGGUCGUUGACGGAGCUCCUGGCAUUUGUUAAGGAACGGGUUCCGAAGGAAUCCUGGAGGGAAACAGAUAUUAGACUAAUGGCGACGGCGGGGCUCCGCUUACUCGACUCGUCUGUUCAGGAUCGAAUUUUGGGUUCUUGUAGGCGGACGCUUAGAGCUUCUGGGUUCAAUUUCCGGGACGAGUGGGCUUCGGUCAUUACUGGCUCUGAGGAAGGGAUGUAUGCGUGGGUUGUUGCAAACUAUGCCCUUGGCUCUCUUGGAAGUGAUCCUCUUCAGACUACUGGGAUUAUUGAACUCGGGGGAGCAUCUGCUCAGGUUACCUUUGUUUCCAGUGAGACAAUGCCUUCUGAGUAUUCUCGAGCUAUAAAGUUUAGAAAUAUCACUUACAAUCUCUACAGUCACAGCUUUCUUCAUUUUGGUCAGAAUGUUGCAUAUGACUUGUUGAGGCGAGCACUUACAUUGGGAGAGUUCAACUUGGCUAAAUCUGUUCAGGAGGGGUUGUCAACCGAUCCUUGUACUCCUACAGGCUACUCACAUGGUGGAGAGUCGUGGAAGCUCUCUCCUGGUUUGCUGAAUGAAAAUAAUAAAUACCCAUCGACUCUUCCAUCUAAAGGGAACUUCUCAGAGUGCAGAUCUGCCGCCUUAAUGAUGUUACAAAAAGGAAAAGAGAAUUGCUCAUCUCAACACUGCUAUAUAGGAUCAACAUUCAUGCCUAAGCUUCAGGGGAAAUUUCUGGCAACAGAGAAUUUCUUCCAUACUUCCAAGUUCUUUGGUCUUGGCCAAAAGGCAUUCCUUUCUGACCUUAUUAUGGCUGGACAACAAUUUUGUGAAGAAGAUUGGUCAAAGCUGAUGAAGAGAUACCACUCACUUCAUGAGGAAGAUUUGCUCCACUAUUGCUUCUCUUCUGCUUAUAUUGUAGCCUUACUUCAUGACACUUUUGGAAUUGCAUUGGAUGAGGAAAGGAUUGCAGUUGCUAGUCAGGUGGAAGAUAUUCCACUCGAUUGGCCUUUAGGAGCUUUCAUCUUGCAAACCACAGCUGAUUUAGAAGUGCAUCACUCUUAUUGGAUUGUCACUAUUCUUGGUGAUGACUUGCCCACUCUCAUCUCACUAAUUGCCAUAUUUGCAGUAUUGGUGUUUACAGUGUGGUCUAUAUCAAAGUGGAGAAAGCCACAGUUGAAGACGAUUUAUGAUCUGGAGAAGGGACGGUACAUAGUGACUCGUAUUGGUAGACAUCGAUAGAUUCUUUAAAAAGUGAUUUUUACUGUUGCUUAUCCAGAUUAAAUUUUGGUCUUAUUCUGAUAUUUCUUCAAAGGCACGGAGAGCACUCUCAUUUUAGAAUCUGGGAACAAGGUCAGGAUCAUUUAUCUUAAAGUUACAAAUCAUACACCAUAUUAAAAAAUGUAGGGCAACUUGUGUCUGGACCUAGGAUAGAAGAUUAGAAUACCAUUUUGUGUUUAGUGGUAAAGUAAGAUCCGCCUCAUGAAACGACUUAAUUUGCCAAUGCCCAUGUGACAAGGUUAGGAUAGGCAGGUUGGAAUGUAUACCAUUUUGUAUGAUAACAAAUGAUAAACUCGUGCUUUCGUGCAACUUAUGUUCUGAUGAGGAACACAAACUCUAUGCCAUGCCAGGGUUCCCAUUUCAUUAGUUAGUUUCAAGCCAUAUGUUGCCCUAUAUGGCUUGAAAGUAAAAAAUGAAAAUGUUCAAUAUUGUCUUUUUUAUUUAUGGAUCAUUGAUUGUACGGGGAACUUAUGUAAAUUUUAUGUAAUCUAUGCUCAUAUAGAGACAGGAAGGUAACUCCUAUACCUGAGCUGAGGUCGGCUUAAAAGGUGAGUUUCUCUUUCCUUUUUCCUUCAGUGUUACACGCACCUCAACGUAGAGGCAAAUAUCAUUCAAUAUUAAUUUAAUGUUACUAUUUUGUUA